AUGGCUGCUGGGCUAGUCCUUCUCCUGAGUGCCGGCCUGGCGCUGGCCAAUGCUGAAGGCUUCUUCAACUGGCCCAACGCUGUUGUUACGGCUGCCGCGGGUGACGUUGUGGCAGCACGAGAUGCCGCAGACCAAGAUCAGGCUGACCUGGGCAAUACCGGACUCGAGCUGAAGCAUUGUUCGGGUGGCGGUUGCAAGUCAAAUCCAACGUCAACAGUGACGAAAACUUGCAAGGAGUGUGUCACAGUCACAAAUACCGUCACGAUGAAGGUCCCAGACCCAACGACAUUCGUCAAGACCAGAAUGUGCACGACCACCAUGAUCCGUUCGCGGACGGUGACCAAGUGCAUUGACCACACCAAAACUGACACCAAGUAUUGUCCUGUGACCAAGACCUCCGUCCAGACGUCAAAGUACGUUGUUGAGAAUGGGGAUGAUUGUGAGAGUAUUGCCGCCGUCUACAACACAACCGUUGAGGAUUUGCAAUUGACCAACACGUGGCUGAAUGGUACUUGCAAUCUGAAUGCUGGUGACACUCUUUGCAUCCCUCAGACCGCGACCGUCACUCAGCUGAAGCGUGACGUAGCGCACCAUCAUCAUCAUCACCAUGACGAGGAGGACGGCGGCAUGACUUGUGACGGUGAAUGCCAGAAGAAGAAGAAGGAGCAUCAUCACCAUCAUGGUCACCACCAUCACCACCACAAGGGUGGCAAGAAGUGCGAGUCUGAUCGUGGCUGCGAUGAGGACAAGCAUCACCACCACGGCCAUCAUAAGCACCACCAUCAUCACCACAAGGGGGGCAAGUGCGGAUCGGAGGGCGGUUGUGGUGAGGACAAGCACCGCCACCACCACCACCAUGGUGGCCAUCACCACGGCCACGAUCACCACCACCAUGAGCACAAGUCAUGCGGUGAGCACCACGAGUGUGUCGCCUGCACAGUCCCUGGCUCUUGCCCUCGCGACGGCAUUCACGCCGCGUGCCCUGACAACUACAAGUGCCAAGAAAUUCAGGACACGGCAAACUGA